AUACCGCAAAUUAUCUACCUAAAACAGAGUUUUGGUAAUUUACUUUGCGCAUUCCGAAGUUGGUGAACGUCAGGAAGAUCGAGCUCGGGAUCACUCUCGUCGUCUAUCGUGUUAUAUCCUGCAGAUAGAUGCAGUUGGCAUUUGCACGUGCAAACGUGCACCUGAAUACAGCGAAUAGCUAGAGUCAACGUAAUGAGGAGAAGGGAGAAAGUAGUGUCGGUAUAUAAAGAGUUGGCCGUGACUUUGAAAGCAUCGUAGUUUGUUGCGCGUUCCACGGACGGGUAUAUCGCAGAACCAAUUGUCUCGGCAGUGUCUUCGUCGCGCGAUUUCGCAAAUCAUGAAGCUUUUUGUGCUUGCUACAAUGGUGGCUGCGGUGUGGGCCUCUUACGAGGAGGAGCAUGGAAGUAGUACCUAUCACGAAACGUCCAAGCCGGUGGAAAUACCAAUCUACAAAAAAUACGCGAUACCAAUUCCGCACCCGGUCGCCGUCCCGGUCCCUCAGCAAAUUAAGAUUCCGAUACCUCAGCCCUAUCAAGUCCAAGUCGCAGUUCCACAUCCGGUGCCUGUGGAAGUUAUUAAACACGUUGAAAUACCUAUAGAGAAGCCGGAACCAUAUGUUAUAGAAAAAAAGGUACCAUAUGUCGUUGAAAAACCGUAUCCAGUGACAGUGGAGAAGCACUUUCCAGUGCCAAUACCUAAACCGUAUCCAGUUCACGUGCCGGUGUACAAGCACGUUUUCCACCAUAAGAGCUCAGGACACGGCCACCGCGGCUGGAAGAAGCAUUGAUUCAUAAAUUUCGACAAUUUUCUUUAGUAUUUUUAUGCCAAAAAUAGCGACAAGCGUUACACGAGCAAUAUUAGGUCGUAA